CAGUUCUACGUAUUCUAAACAUCGCCAGAUUCAGCGAUAAUCUGGAGGAUGAAUUUUCUUUGAUCCAUGAAAUUGUGGACGACUAUCCUUACAUUGCCAUGGACACUGAGUUUCCAGGGGUGGUGCUCCGUCCUGUUGGAAAUUUCAAGCAUAUCAAUGAGUAUAACUAUCAGACCUUGAAGGACAGUGUUGAUAUGUUGAAGUUGAUUCAGUUGGGUCUCACAUUUUCGGACGAAAAUGGAAACUUACCUACUUGUGGGAGCGAGUGCUAUUGCAUUUGGCAAUUCAAUUUCCGUGAAUUUGACACAACUGCAAAUAUAUUUGCAAAUGAUUCAAUCGAGUUGCUGAUGCAGUCUGGGAUUGAUUUCAAGAAGAACAAUGAAAUGGGUAUUGAUGCAAAAUGGUUUGGUGAGGUCUUUAUGUCUUCUGGAAUCGUCUUGAAUGAUGGGGUUCAUUGGGUGACAUUUCAUAGUGGGUAUGAUUUUGCGUACUUGCUCAAACUAUUAACUUGUAGGACCUUACCAGAAACACAAACAGGGUUCUUUGAUUUGCUUAACGUGUACUUUCCGCUGGUUUAUGACAUCAAGCACUUGAUGAUGUUCUGUAAUAGCCUUCAUGGUGGCUUGAACAAGCUGGCGGAACUACUGGAACUCUAGAGAAUUGGUAUUUGUCAUCAGGGAGGUUCAGAUAGCUUACUUACCUCAUGCGCCUUCAAUAAGUUAAAAGAUAACUUCUGUAAUGGCACCAAUGAGAAGUAUGCAGGUGUCCUGUAUAGUCUCGGUGUCGAGUAUGGAUCUGAUAAUAAAUAGAUUGACUUUGUGUACUUACUGGAAAAUAAAAUAGAACGAAAGGCUUUAGUGUAUGUCGAGUUGGGUAGGUUAUGUAUCAUGUGUCUAUAAGAAAUUAAUUGUGAUAAAGUAUUUGCAAGACA